AGGACUUGCCUGAUAAAAGGAUUUUCCACAAGAAUUUUCCAUCAUAUCGCGAUAGACUUUUAACGUGAACGGACGGUUUAGUCAUUGAUCUUACGGUUGAAAAAGAAAUUGUGCGUGAAUCAGUUGAUCGAUGAAUCUCCUCAACAAUAUAAAAUAAGAUUUAGUGAGUUGUGUGGCUCAAAAGGGCAACAAAAAAAGUGAAAUAAAGACAUAAACCAAGUGUAAUAAAGUAAAAGAAAGUUUAAGCAAAUAAUAAAGAGCCGUGUAUGUCGAAUGGAUAUAUCCACUUAAAGCAAAUUAAAUCUGCAAAGGAUAAUUAACCAGAGCAAGCUGAGGACGAGAGAUAAAGUAAAGAAGAAGCGGCAAUGGAUCACAAAAUUUUAUUUGGAUUUUUAAUAACAAUUUUAUUGGUGCUUAAUGGCAUCAUUGCUGGAGAUCAGGAGGAGGAUAUACCGCAUAAUGAAGUACGGAAUUGGGCUCUUAAGCUUGGCGUCGAUUUAUGGGAGUUUGGAAGACAAUUUACAAAAAUUUCUGACAUAAAAAAUAGAUUUAGAGAAAAUGAUUAUGAAAUUGUACGCAAGGACGGUCUCGUUUUUCUACGUGAAAUGGCAGCUGAAGUGAAGAACUUUAUGGAUUUUAAAAUGAGCGCUGUUAUGAGAAUAAUGGAUUCAGCAGAGCAAGCAGCCCAAUCAGAAUCUGAUCCGGAGCAUCAAGCACAGAAAUCACAUUCGAAUGUAUUUUAUGAUGCAAGACGGAUUAAUGUUUACGAUUCGGAUGGGAAAUUGGCAGACGGUGCUAAGCAUAUGCUUCUUCGACAUAUGAAACGCUUUGAGGGCUUACCCGUCAAUAUUAGCUUAAGUUCUGUGCUAUUUGCCAAUGGUGUUGAUUUAUCUGAUUCCGAAUUGCAAUCAUCAAUUUCAUGGUCAUCGCAUCUAGAUCCACUUUUUGCGAAUAAUCUAGAGAAGGAUUCAGCACUGUCAUGGCAAUAUUUUGGAUCAAAAUCAGGCUUCUUGAGGAGAUUUCCAGGUACAGCAUGGCCACCUGAAGGUUCACGUGGCAGUCGUGAAAUAAAUGAUUUUCGCAAUGAAGAUUGGUUCAUUCAUGCAGCAUCAUCACCAAAAGACGUCAUCAUACUUCUCGAUUCAUCCGGUUCCAUGUCUGGAAAGCAAUUCAACCUCGCAAAGUCAACAGCAUUUGCAAUUCUAGACACAUUAAGCGAUGAUGAUUUCGUCAAUUUAAUAACAUUCUCAGACGUUGUUCGUUCUGCUGUUCCAUGCUUUUCAAGUAAAAUGGUACGAGCAACACCUGAUAAUAAGAGAGAAUUUAUAGCUGCAACAAAUGCCAUAAAAUGUCAGAAUGCCGCCAAUUUUUCUGGUGCUCUUGAGGAAGCAUUUGAACUAUUGCAUCGAUAUAAUGUUAGUGGCUUAGGCAGUCAGUGCAAUCAAGCCAUUAUGCUAAUAACAGAUGGACCUGCAGAAACUCAUGCUGAGCUUAUUAAACGUCACAACUUUCCACACAUGCCUGUCAGAAUCUUUACCUAUCUCAUUGGCAAGGAUUCGGGCAGUGCAGAAAAACUUCACAACAUGGCAUGUCAAAAUAAAGGCUUCUAUGCACAAAUAAAUUCCGUUGAAGAUGCAAAGAGAAAAGUUCUUGAAUACGCUUUAGUUAUGGCGCGUCCAAUGGUUUUAUAUCAAGCUGAUCAUCCUGUACAUUGGAGUCCGGUGUUUGUGGGCGGCUAUAGUAGUUUACUCGGACGAGAUAAUGAAGGAAAACGGAAGCUUGUAACAACUGUAUCGAUUCCUGUUUUCGAUCGUCGAAAUCAUUCAGCUCGUGAAGCAAAUUUACUUGGAGUUGUCGGAACCGAUGUUCCGAUUGAGGAAAUACAAAAAGUAAUUCCAAGACAUAAGCUCGGUCCAAAUGGAUAUUCGUUCAUCGUUGACAACAAUGGAAGACUUUUAUAUCAUCCAGAUUUGCGUCCAAUGAGUGAUAAUAGUGAAUAUAUGUCAAUAUUGAAGCCAAAAUACCAUUCGAUUGAUCUGACAGAAGUUGAAGUACCCGAAAUUGAAUUGAGUGCUAAUGGAAAUCCUGGUAAUACUCAUGAUCGAAUGGAUGAAAAUACGCAAGCUUUGCAUGAUAUGCGUCAAGAGAUGCUAAAUCAGAAAGAGGGCGAAAUGGAGUUGACUAUUUUGACGCAUCUGGAUGAUAUGAAGCGUGUCUCAUUGCGAACACAAAAAUACUUUUAUGGUCCCAUUGAAGGAACACCAUUUUCGUUGGCUGUAACGCUACCCGAACGGUAUGGCUUACAUGAAUUUGUGUCACAGCAAGAAAUUCGACACUCUCAUGUGAAUGUGACGGAAUAUUUUAAAGGUCACACAUGGAAAGUUCAUCCUGAUUUUGUGUAUUGCGAGUAUAAUAGUCUAAAAGAUAUGGACAAAGAAUUGGAGAAUUCUGGCGAGUCAUACUUCCGUGAUCGUGAAGAUUCAUUUGAUACGCCAGAAGAGCAAGUUUUGCACUUUUUAUCACGUGCAGGCAGACCCGGCUGGAAGUGGAUGUCGUUGAGAGCACGAUCUCCACAGCCACACCAUGCACAUUCAAUGUCUGGUGGUGUUCCAGUAGGUCAUUAUGCUCAUCAACCUCCAAUAAAUCAAAAUACUCGCAAGGCAGAGCCAUAUUAUUGCGAUCGAACACUUGUACAAAGUUUAGUUCGUGAUGCAAUGGUUACAGAAACUUUUGGACAGGAAAACGUGCGAAGUAAUUUAAAGAAGGAAGAUAAACACCCAAUUGCCACAUUAAUGGCACUUUUGCACAGGCAAGGCUAUCAAAUGUUUGGCGUUAAAACAUCAUUCAUUGCAACACGUUCGGGUCUCAUGAGAUGGAAGGAUCAUAUAAAUCACUCGGAAGAUGCAUUGGAACCACAUUUCGCAGACUCAAAUGCUAAAGCUAUGGACACAUCAUGGUACAGGAGAGCUGUGGAUCAUCAUACAAUCGAACCGGAUAGUUUUGUCUUUAGUGUGCCAUUUGAUUCGGGAUAUAAUGGCAAGAAUAGCUCAGUUCUUGUUACAGCCGCUCAUGCAAUGUUCAUUGAUCAUCGUGGACAUAAAGCGCCAGUUGCUGUUGUAGGACUUCAGUACACUCAUGAAUCAUUGGCAAAACAUUUCAUUAACAUCACAUCAGCUUGUACUGGAAGCUCUCACUGCCGAAAGACAUGCGCAUCGGAUGAACUCGACUGUUAUCUCCUUGACAAUAAUGGCUUUGUGUUGUUAUCAGAACGUACAGAACAUACCGGGAAGUUCUUUGGACAAAUUGAUGGUACAAUUAUGGAUUCACUCGUUCAAGACAGGAUCUUUCGACGUGUUGGCUUAAUGGACUAUCAAGGCAUCUGUUCAGAUCGCGAUAAUCCAUAUAAUGCAGCUGGAGAACGAAUUAAUCCGAUUCAACCUGUUCAGUGGAUCUUUAAAUAUGUUUUCACGUUCCUAACGACUUGGCUUUCAUUCUUUACAACGCCAGUCAUUUCAUGGCCUGUUGCAUCUUACACUUAUGAAGACGACGAAAUGCCACCAUAUGAAGAUGACUACGAGCAACCUGAUUACGUUCCACCUGACUUUGAUGAUCACAUUACACAUUCAGAAAUUGAAAAAGUUACACCUGCACAACCACUUCCGCCAAGAAUCGUAUCACCAGCGAAUGCAGCACCAGGUGGUCCACGUGUAGUUCCCGAUCCUGCUCAUGCACGUCCAUGUGAUUUAAAAACAGAUUUGUAUUUACUACAGCCUGAUAGAUUAAACCAAAGUGGACAGAGUAAUCCACUUAAGGGUAAAUUAACAAAUUGUCAUGCAUCGGGUUGUGAGCGACCAUUUAGUGUACAGAAAAUUCCACACAGUAAUUUAAUUCUUCUAGUAGUCGAUACAUUAUGUCCGUGUGGCUCAAAACAAUUGGACAUUGAGCCACAGGAAGUUCCAGGCGGUGCUGGAGCUUGUGGGACACGUCGACUAGCUCGUGAACUUCUUCCGCGAAAACGACCACCAAAAUGCAUAAAUUAUCAUCCAGAAGAGAUCGAGAUACAGCAAUGUGGACAUGCAUCAAUGCUUAUAGCAGCAUCACUCUACUCAACUCUAACGACAACACUUUUAAUGUGGAUCAUAGCGAUGCAUGCAUGAUAGAGUGAUAUUUUCGAUCUUAUUUAGGCGUUUAUAUGAAAAUUUAAUUAAAUUAAAUUAUUGCGUAAGUUUACAUUAUGAUAACAAAGGAUUAAAAACUGCAUUUUGUUGGUGAUCUAUUAUUGAUACUGGCAUGAAAUUUGUGGACAAUAUUAAGAGAGUUAAAAGAAAUUGAGACGUGACGCGACUGCAUUUUAAAAAAUAAGACGAGGAUUCUUCGAAAGAAUUGAUUAAUCUAAAGAAAUAAAUGAAAAUCAAAGUCUGUGGUGAAAAUAAUUAACUUAAUAGUAUAGAACCCCGUCAAGAACGACGAAAAAUAUAAAAAUCUUGAAAAUACUGAAUGACAGAUUAAUGAUUAAAAUUAUAUAAAUGAAAAAAAAAAUUAUGCACAUUAAAUGAACAACGUUAAAAGAAAAAUGAAGACAAAACCAAAAUGUUGAAAAUUUGAUGGACUUUUCAAUGUUUUUUGUUCAAAUUUUUAAAUAUGGAAAAUUAUACGAAAAAUUAAUCAAAAAAAAUUGCGAAAAAAAAUUCGAUUAAAAAAAAUUUACGAGAAUAAAAUCCUCUUGAAUGUGUUCUGAUAUAUAAUUCAAAAACUACCGACGUCGUCUCUUUAAGCUCUUCUAAAUUAUGAUGAUAAAACAAAUUUAACAAUUAUAUAGGAAGUGGAUAUAUGAAAUACCAAUGAUUUAUUUUGAAAAAUGCGCGUUAAUUGUUUUCUCAUUAGUUUCAGUUAUGAAAAGAAUUAGGGCUUUGUUCAUUGGGGGAAAUUAUUGGUGAUUGUCGUGCAUCAUUUUUAAAUUCACACAAAAUCAACAAAACUAUAAUAAACUUGAUUGAGUCAUUGAUUAAAAACACAAUAAAGCCAAACUUUAAUUAUGUUCACUUGAGAAUUUGCCAUUUAAAUGUCCAUUAAGAUUUCUGUUUGUAAUGCAAACUGAAUUUUUUAUUGAUCAUUCCUCUCACCUGGGGUUUGUGGAAAACAGCUGUUUUUGAAAAACAGUCUGUUUUCGGAUUUUGAUUUUUAAAAACAGCUGUUUUCCUGUUUUUCUAGAAUUCAAAAUAAAUUGAGUUAUCCUAAGUAUUUCUCUGAAAUAAUGAAAUUUUUUGGUGGUUAUAAGCUCUUAAGCAUACAUUUUAGAGCUAAGAAUUAUUAAUAGGCUUGAUUAAUAAAGUGAUUAAUAUACUUGAAAGUAAAAUUGCAUUGUUGCAUUUUAAAAGUUCCGUAAACUCUAAUAUUUUAUUUGAAAUAUUCAAACAAAUCUUUCUAAAUCAAAAAAUAUCUUGUAAAAUUGUUGAUUUUAUUUUUGAACUUUAGUAAAUGCUACAAAAAGUUCAACAAAUUUAAAACUUCGAUUGCAAAAUUAAUAAUGAUUAAUCAUAAAUUUGAUGAUUUCAAAACUAUUAAACAUCCAAAAAAUAUUAAAAAAGUAAAAACAUUUCAAUUUAAAAUUCUAGAAAAAUAUAUUAAGUUCUUCAAAAAAUUAAGACAUUUUUUUUCUGUAAAUUUUAUGUAAAAAUGAAAAUCAGAAAACAGAUUUGUUUUUGAGACCUGUUUUCUGUUAACAGAUUUUUGUCGAAAAACAGCUGUUUUUCUGUUUUCUGUUAACAGGUUCCCCAAACCCUACUCUCACCGGAUAAUUAUUCGGAAGUAUUUGUAAUAUUUUGUGAAUAUUAAGGAAAAUGAUCCAAUUGCGUGAUCAAACUACAUGAUUUAAGAAUAAAUCUAACAUUUAGCGCAAUACAUUAUAGAUAUGGAUAUCAUUUCCUCUAAUGACCAUGCAAUAAAUUCUUUCCUCCAAUGACAGAACAGCCGUUGAAACAAAAAAUACCAAAAAAUGUUUAUGAAUGCAAAUAAAUAAAAGUUUACAUUCAAUAACUUUUUCAUUGACUUUUCGUUGAAUUAAAAAAAGGUUGUGUGGAGGAGCAAGUGACUGAAUGACUUAUAAACAUUAACCUUGGUUGAAAUUGAAAGUUUACAAAAUUUACUUUCAAAAGCAACUGAAUGAUGUAAUUAAAGUUAUUUGUCAGCUUCACACAACGACUUUUUCAUUCAGUGAUGCCACAAAUUGCACAAAAUAUAAUUAAAAAUGCCAAAAAAAUAAUCGAAAUUAACGAAAUGUCAUCACAUUAAAAAGCAAAACGAAAAGUCUAUGAAAAAGGAAUGUUCAUUCUCUCCAUUAUAUAGAUAAAAUCAAAUUUAAUAAAACAAAAUCUUUUAAAUGUAAAAAAUGUUCAUCGUUAUAAAUUAUAAAAAAAUAAUAAAUUAAAUUGUAACUUAAAAAAAACAUUCGAAAAUGGACAAACAGAUGAUUUUGCAUCUGAAAAUUGAAGCUUUUGGCAAGGAGCUUUUUGAGCUUUUGAGGCACGAGAUUUUUGGCAUGAAUGAAAUGGUCAAAGGAUUUAUUACGAUUUGAAAGUUUUGAUGCACUUUUUGAUAUUUAAUUUAAAUUAAAUGUUCAGAGAUGUCACAUGUCAUAAUGACUGUCCUUUAAUAAUUUUUCUAUAGCUUCACUUAUGCAUAACUUUGGUCGAAAUUUGAAUCUUAAGAUUUUUUCUCAAUUAUGAUCUGAUUUUUUAAUGGUUCCAAAAGUUUUUAAAAAAGUAUCAAAAAGUGCACCAAAAUCCCUUAACCAAGACAGAAAAUAAUGAAAUUAAGUAUGUGUGUGUGUGCUUUUAAUUUUCAUUUCACACAAACGAGUUGCAAGCAAAAAGAAUGAGAGAGCUUCAUGUGAUCACUGAAUUUAAGAAUAAAAUGGAAAUUAAUUUCUUAAAAAAAGAUUUUGUUUUUAAGAAAAAAAAGAUACAAAAAAAAUGAAACUUGAUAGAUGAAAAUUAGAGUCAAUUUAGUUCCCAAUAAUUAUUUCCAUUUUGUGUAUUAUCCUGCAAACGUUUUGCUAUAAAUUAUACAAAAAUGCAGGCUGUAUAUAAAAUCCAUUAAGUGAAAAUUAGCUUCAAUUAUUAGAAAAUGAAAGGAAUAUUAAAGAAAUUUUAAUUUUGUGUUAAUUUGUAGGCAAAAUAUGACUAAAAGUUAUGUUAACUGUCGGGAAAAAAAAGGUAAAUCAAUUCAGUUAAGAUUAAAAAGGAUGAAAUAUGAAGCAACAAGAUGAAACAUUCUGUUAAAUUUGACAAUAAAACAUGAAGUAAAUUAGGAGUGAAAAUUUUUAUUAGAAUAAAAAUAUGAACAAUUGGAAAAGCGCUAGGAAAAUUUUACAGGGUUUGAAAAUAUCCCCACAAAAAAUUAAUCUUGUUUCUUUUUGAAAUAAUCAUUUUUUUUUUUGAAAAACCAAAAAAGAAACUUAUCAGAUGAAAUUUUCGUCAUAUCUACUUUUGAGUGGAAUUUUUAAGGUUAUUGGAUCACGUUUUAAGGAUAUUUUGAGUCUAUCAAGCUUUGGAUAUUAUUGUUCUUAAAGUCCAGAAAGGAAAGGUUAAAAAUCAAUGCGAGAAAUGUUUUCAUAUCAAACAUAACCAAAAAGUUCCACUCGUAAAACUUAAUCAAUUCCCAAAAACUGUAUUUUGUUUACACAACAUAUCCAUUUCAUAUCUUAUAUCUAAAAAACUUUGAUUUUCUCUUCAACAUUCUUAUCAAUGAAUAUUAUUCCUUCAUAUCAAUAUAAAAGUAUUAUUAAAAAAAUAAAUGGAAAAUCAAAGUAAGACAGCAAUAAAUGUGUAAUUAUUUUACAGGACAAAAUACUAUAAAUUAAUUAUUGAUUACAAAAAGGCACAAUUUUAGUAGAAUUUUUUUCAUUUUUUACUUCAAUUAUGCACGCAUCAAAAAAUGGAAAAUUGUGAUAAAUGAAUGAGUAAAUUUUUCAUAAAAUUGUAGGAUUAAUCACAUUUUUGCUCAUUUUUUUGGAGACAAGUGUUUUUUUGAAAAUCCCAAUUUUGUCAAAAUCAUGUACGAAUUGUUAAAAUUUAAAAACCGAAAUUCGAAAAUCUGGUACUCAAAAAAUAAAUUAAAUCUACAGUUGGUACUAGAUUUUUGUGACAGAAUUUACUUAUUUUCAAUAUUGAGGUACGAGAUUAUUCAUCCAAUCAAUCAACCUCCUAAAUCAUAACCAACAUGCCAUAAGUAUUUUAUAUAAGCAUUGAGUUUCAUAAAAUAGAAUAAAAACAUGCGAGAUAUAUUUUAAUAUCGUAACGACUACCUUAUUAAGAAUAAUUCCAAAAACAACAACAUGCCGAAAAUAAAAAAAAAAUUUACCAACCCUUGUUGCAUAAAAAAACAAACAUAAAAGAAAUCCAAAUGAAAAACUAACCUGAUUUUAAGAUGAUAGACAUCUUUUACCAUCAAAAACGACUCUGCAAUGUACUCUGAUUUUUGCACUGCACUUUAAGCCUCAUAAACGAAUGUAAUAAAAGAGAAUGCUUUUAUUAUAAAACUAAAUUAAUUAUUACUCAAAUAAAUUAAAAACCAUAUACGUUGACAUACAUAAAGUCUGAAAUUGUCGAUUAGUUUAAACAAUGUUUUAAAGCUUUUAUGUUAAUUAAUAAAUAACUAGUAAAUCAAACAAAAUAUUAUUUGGUGCAUUUGAUGGAGAUUUAUUGAAUUAUAAUUGAAAUAGAAACAGUCUAGAUUAAAAUGAGAUUCAUGAAAAGCUGAAUUCUUAAUUUAAAAUACUUUUUUUCUAAAUCUAGUACUUUGAUCAGUUAAAGAUUAAUUUUGAACAAAUUUAGUCUUUUUACAUGGAAUCUAGUACUUUAAAGUACAUAUUCUAGUACUUAAUUCAAUACUCAAUUGGCAAAUCAGAUUAUUAAAGUUUCGAAGUACUAGAUCAUUUUUCUCAAUUAAUUCUAGUCCAAUUUAAGUUCAAAACAUUUCCAUCAAAUUCCUCUUUAAAACGAAAACAACCAAAAAAAUAAACAUUUUUGCUCCUUCUUACAAAAAAAAAGAAAAAAUAUGAAAGGAUAAAAAUCUACUAUUGAAUGAAAGAUUGAAGGAAAUGAGUUUUUAUUAAAUUAAGAGUAAUAAUAAUAAUUAUAAUGAAAAAUGAAAUGUCUUCCAUUACUAAAUUAAUAAAAGUGAAAUAAAACAUAUUUAUUAAAAAAUAGGUAAUAUAAAAUUAACUUUUAAAGUGAACAGAAAAAACUAUUUAUUAAGUAAAAAAUAAUUAAGAAAAAAGAAAAAAAUUAAAAUAAUUGAUUGUACAUUUUGAACAUCCAGAAAAGGACAGAAUCGAGUUUUAUAUAAUUAAUUAUAUAAUGUUCAGUUUUUUCGUUAUAAAUAAAUGCGUCAUUUUUCUCCAAGUUAUUUCCUCUAACCCACAUUUACACAUUACAGAGCCAGAAAUUUAAGAAAUUUGCUCUUUCAUGUAUAUCAAAUUUUACAAAUCAAUUUUUCUUCCUCCUCUCGAGUUUUUCCAUUUCUAUCAGCAUUCACAGAACAUAAAGGAUAGAGAAAUAUAUCAAAAGGUCAAAAUGGAAGUUUCAUAUGUCAAUGAGGACGAUAAAGUCCCUAUUUUUUUGCUUAUCCCAUAAAUUUUCACUGUUAAAAGCUUUUUGAAAAUUUUUGAUAGACAAUUUUAAGUUUUGAAUUUGUUUAAAGCUCAACAUUUGGAUCCCAAAAAAUGUAAUAAACCUAGAUAGAAAAUAACAAUAAACAGCUCAAAACUACUAAAUUCUGUGCAUUUUGAGUUCUUUAAAUUCAAAAAUUCAAUAACUUGAGUUACUCAAUCAGAUCAAAAAAUUCCAUAUUAACCGAGAAAUGCUGUAAAAAACUCUUCAACUUGAUAAUUCAUAAAUAUUUGUGAUUAAAAAUUUAGAUUUCAUAAAAUUACACAUGUUUCAUUUUAAAAGGAAUCGCAUUUAAAGGAAAAUAAACGGG